AUGCUGGGUGGCGACAGUGUGAGGACGUUCGGGUAUUUAACUGCACAGAGUGGAGAAUCUCUCACCAUCCCAUGUUUCUAUGAUCAGAAGUAUAAAGAUCAUGUGAAAUACUGGUGUACAGGGCAAUUAUGGUCCUCCUGUACAAUCAUGACACGCACAGACUCACCAAAGAACUCCAGUAAAGUGUCAAUCACUGAUAGUCCCGCCCAGUUAGUUUUCCAUGUGAUCAUGAGGAACCUGAAGACAAGUGACACUGGUAUCUACUGGUGUGCUGUAGAGAUUGGUGGAAUUGGCGAGAUGGACGACUCUAAGAAUCUGUUAAUAGAGGUUAAAGGGUUUACAGAUAAUGGGUUGAAAAAGAAAAAUCAUCCAGUGAGCGGCGGUUCUCUGGACAAAAAUGACUUGUUGAUGGCAGAGUUGGUAAACAAUGAUUUCCAUGAUGUCCCUGUAGGUGCUGACAGUGUGAGGACAUUCAGGCAUUUAACUACAGAGAGUGGAGAAUCUCUCACCAUCCCAUGUUUCUAUGAUCAGAAGUAUAAAGACCAUGUGAAAUACUGGUGUAAAGGGCAAUUAUGGUCCUCCUGUACAAUCAUGGCACGCACAGACUCACCACAGAGCUCCAGGAAAGUGUCAAUCACUGAUUAUCCUGCCCAGCUUGUUUUCCAUGUGAUCAUGAGGAACCUGAAGACAAGUAGUGACACUGCUAUCUACUGGUGUGCUGUAGAGAUUGGUGGCCUUGGUGAGAUGGAUGACUCUCAGGAUCUGGUAAUAGAGGUUAAAGAUGCUCAGAGUGUGAGGACUGUAAGCUGGGUAUCUGCAGAGAGAGGAGGAUCUGUCACCAUCCCAUGUUACUAUGAUCAGAAGUAUAAACACCAUGUGAAGUACUGGUGUAGAGGGUCUAACUGGAAUUCCUGCUCCUCAUUGGCACGUUCUGACUCCAAUCAGACAGCAGGGAAAGUGUCAAUCAGUGAUGACCCCGCCCACCUGGUCUUUUAUGUAAUCAUGAGGAACCUGCAGGAAAAUGACUCUGACACUUACUGGUGUACUGUGGAGAUUCAUGGGGCAGCAGAUGAUGGUGUCUAUCUACAGCUGAUUGUCAUGGAAGUGAGAUGCUCCUUCUGCUGACGUUGGUGAUGAUUCUGUUGCUGGUGACCACUGUCAUGGUUAUCUGGAUUCUGCGAAGAAGAACCAAAACGCCGAUCAGUAACAGAAACAGACCCAGCCACCCUCAAAACACAGAGCCUGGAGAUGAGCUGAUCUACAGCACCAUGGCCUUUAAGAAACCAUCAGCACAACCUCCCUCUGUAGACCCCGGGGAUGAAAUGACAUACAGCUCAGUCAAUCUACAGGACAGACAGGAAUGUCCCCACUCUGAUGUGACCUACGCUGCUGUAGUGCCAAAGAAGAAACGAAUCUCAUAAAGUCCUUCUUUAUGUCUGUGGACUGCCUGCGAUGCCCUCAGAAAAAGGGAAGUGUAUCUGAAGAAGACGCCAUUUGUAGUUAUUUGUGUUCUGAUAAGCCAGGUGAACCCCUCUAGGCAGCCUGGGUGCAUCUUAAUAUGUGUCAAUUUUAUCAGACCUUUUUCCUAGGGAUAGGGAGGCCAAUCCACAUUUUCUCAGUUCUAAUCCGAUUUCGAUACGCAACUGCUGAUACCAAUACAGAUUCUGAUACUUAUAUAUACAGACGCUCCUCAACUUACAAACGAGAUACAUUCCAAACGGCCGUUUAGAACUUGAAAUGUUCGUAAGACGUUAUUCAACAUCAAUUUAAGGGUAUAUGCAAGUACUAAGUACUAGGAUGCUGGGAGUACGCACGCUACGC